CACCUAACAUAAACAGACAGGGGUCGGGUCUGUGUCGCCGGGCCGCUGGGACCGUCCGCGCAGCGCCACAGCCGGCCUUGGCCAGAGCAGGAAGUGGUCCAGCCAAUUGGUAACGCCGCCGCCGGGGGCGUGGCGCUGUCCACGUGCGUCGUACCGCCGUCGUACUGCUGUCGUACCGCCGCCGCCGGGCAGUGCGGGUCGGAGCGGCGCGCGGCUGUCGAUCAGUGAUCUCCGCCGUCCCCGGUCCGCCAUGGAGUCUGUGUGUCGGCGCGCGGCGGCGCUGCUGCCCGACGAGCUGGGUCUCUGGCUGGAGACGGCCUGGGAGUACCGGGCCACCCGGCUGCUGGUCGGCCUGGCGCUGCUGAGACUCGGACUGAAGCUAUACACCAGCCACAAGAGACGACGACGCAGGGUCGAGUGGGCGUCGGUGGGCCGGGACGUGGUGGUGCUGCACCAGUUCUCUCGCGCGCCCUCCUGUCCCAACAUAUCGCCGUUCGCCAUCAAGGUGGAGACGUUCCUGCGCGCCACCAACACGCGCUACGUCGUGGACGACUCCCAGCCGUUCGGGCCGCUCGGCAAGUGUCCGUGGAUCACGCUCAACGGCCACGAGUACGCCGACUCGAGCCUCAUCCUGGACGUGCUGUCCAGCCAGCUGGAGGCGCGCCUGCCGGUCCAGUGUGACGAGCAGCGUCUGGCCGCCGGACGCGCCUUCCAGGUCAUGCUGGAGGAGCACACCGCCUGGUGCGUCUUCUUCAAACGCUACUCGCUGGACAAAAUGCGCUACGUAUGGUCCGAACUACCUCGCAUCGCUCGUCAACGUAUGCCCUUCAUGAAGUACACAUUUCCCCGAUCGUACGCGCGUCGCGCCCGCGAGCAGGGCAUCGGACGAUUCACUGAACCUCAGGUUCUGCAGGCGCUGGAGCGAGACCUGCGUGCUCUGUCCGCCUUCCUCGGCGAUCGGCAGUUCUUCCUGGGCGAGACGGUGUCCGACCUGGACUGCUGCGUGUUCGGCAUGGUCUGCCAGCUGCUGUACGUCUCCGGGCCCUAUCUGGAGUUUAUGACGCGGAAUAAGUGUGGGAAUUUGGUGCGUCAUCAUGAGCGAAUCCGUGAGCUCUACUGGCCGGACUGGGACCAGUGCCUGGAGCAGUGAUGAAAACGUGUGAGCGAUGGAUGGCUUUGUGUGCUGGAGUCUCGUAGUGUCGGGUAAGCGAAAUGUAGCGUACAUGUACUGCGGGACCAUAGCAGUUGUACUGGAUGGGAUAGUAUAGCCAAUGGGCUGGCUGUGCACUGUGGUAGUGUGCACAGUAACUAGUAACUGAGUGGCUCUGAGAGGCAGUGGAUUGAUGACACACGAUGUAAAACGGCCCCAUUUAUACCCUUCUGUCGUAUUUGGGACCAAAGCAAAUGAUUUCCCCAAGAAUUCAGGUGGCUAUAGAGACCGGAUUGAUCGUAUUUCACUGCUGUCGUUGAAUUGUGAACAUGCCCGGCGCUAAACGCCCCAUUCCGAACACCGACGAGCGGUGAUCGUCAAUUUCGAUCUGCUUUCGUACGAGUGCUAGUACAAAUAUACACAUGCUUGAGCUGAUGCGUGCUUGACCUCGCCCCAACGGA